AUCAUUUUUUAUUCGUGAGGAAGCCUGAACACUUCAUCGAAAUGGGAAAUUGAAAUUUGUAUUCAAAAUAGGUAUUCUAUGUGAUAUCAAUCUGUGUUCAAUAAAUCUGUGAUACUUAUUUUCCGUCAAUUGCGAAAAAGAAAAGAAACGUCAAAUAGUGAAUAGAAAAUUUUGAGAUUAUGUGUUAAACGUUGUUACUAGUAAUUUUAAGUGGAAAAUUGUUGAACAAUUCCGUAUUUCGACAAGACGAAGUGUACUGCUAGCCUCUUAUUGGUUCAAAUCCGCCAGUAGUGCCAUGUGUUGGGAAGUUAGGAACUAAAAUUGUGACCGACAGUCGACAGUGUUCCGAGUCAAAGCAGACGAAAAUUACUAGCCCAGCCGGAGGUGUAGAGAGGUGAAAUCAGUCUAUUUUGGCCAUCGUAGCUGCACAGUUGACUCAUCAUAACAUCUAUACAUCGUUAUAGUUCUCUCUAGUGCACGAAAACUCUCGGAUAAAACUCAAUUUUACGUGUAAUGGCUUUAUUGCGAUCUGUGGUAAAUACUAGUGCGAAUAAAAAGUAUGGUUUUUUGUUCGGUACAUUAAAAAGCGGUAAAUUCGGUAAGAUUGAUGUGAACAAAUUGGUUUUGAAGUCGACCUCUACCUGUUAUACGACAGCCGCCACUACCCAGGUGCAAGCUGCACAAUUUUCCGAUACCCUAGAUGUUUCGUUCCAAGAUGCAAGAGCCGCUUUUAAGAGUAAGACAAAUUGGGAGCUCUUUAGGGCAUACCUUGUCUAUACACUAUGUUCUUUCGACUACCUUGUGGAGAAUAACAUGAAGCUCAUGAAACUGGCUCAGGCUGUAUUCGGUGAGAAAGUAUUUAUAAAGAUGAUGCGAGGUACUUUUUACGGCCAUUUCGUGGCUGGCGAAGACGAGAUUCGCAUCAGGCCAACACUAGAGAGACUGAGAUCGUUCGGGGUGAAACCUAUCCUCGACUAUUCCGUAGAAGAAGAUUUGUCCCAGGAGGAGGCCGAGAAACUAGAAGUGGAAGCAUCAGUUUCUGAAUCGGGCGAUUCGAUCGAACAGGGAGAUCUCAAACAGUACCAUGUAGAUAGGACGUUCGCGGAUCGUCGUUACAAAGUACAAUCAGCCCGUACCUACUUCUACCUCAACGAGGCUACGUGCGAAAGGAACAUGGAAACCUUCAUCAAAUGCCUGGCAGCGAUCAAAGAUUCGACCUACGGUACUGGCAUCACAGCAAUCAAACUCACUGCUUUGGGUAGACCACAAUUGCUGUUGCAAUUGUCAGAGGUCAUCAUGCGAACCCGUAAGAUAAUGGCGGAUAUCGUAGGAGGCCAGGGUAACGUCCUAUCCCAUCACAUGAGGCCGGAGAUGCUCGAGAAGAAAUUCGCCGACGCCAAAUUCAGGGACAUGGACGGCGUAAGGGAGUUCCUGAAAAAGGUCACCUACGACAAGGAAGGAAUCCUGCACUUGUUCCCAUGGUCCGGAAUCGUCGACGAUAACAAAGAGUUGAGCAGCACCUUCCGGAUACCAGACCUCAAGGAAGGCAGGAUGGUCAGACUCAUUAAGCACCUAUCACCCAAAGAGGAAGAGAUGUUCCGGAAUAUGAUCAGAAGACUAACGACAAUUGUAAGCGCGGCCAGAGAAAUGGACGUCCGUAUAAUGGUGGACGCAGAACAGACAUAUUUCCAACCCGCGAUCGCCCGUAUAACCUUGGAAUUCAUGAGAAAGUUCAACAAGGAAAAGGCCAUCGUUUUUAACACCUACCAAUGCUAUCUGAAGAACGCUCUCGAUGAAGUGUCUACUGAUUUGGAGCAGGCUAAACGUCAAAACUUCUUCUUUGGUGCAAAGCUGGUCAGAGGUGCCUACAUCGAACAAGAAAGAGCUAGGGCAGCUGCUUUAGGUUAUGAAGAUCCCACCAACCCCAAUUUCGAAGCCACGUCCGAAAUGUACCACAAAACCCUAUCCGAAUGCUUGAGAAGGAUCAAGGAAUUCAAGGUCAAGAGCGAGGACAAGAAGAUUGCCAUCAUGGUGGCCUCUCACAACGAAGACACAGUGAGAUUCGCAAUAGAAAAGAUGAAGGAGCUUGGUAUCCAACCCAAUGAUAAGGUUAUUUGUUUCGGCCAACUGUUGGGGAUGUGCGACUACAUAACUUUCCCUCUAGGCCAAUCAGGAUACUCAGCUUAUAAGUAUAUACCUUAUGGGCCUGUGAAGGAAGUACUUCCAUAUUUAUCCAGGCGCGCUCAGGAAAACAAAGGAAUUCUCCAGAAAAUUCAGAAAGAGAAAAAGUUACUUCUGUCAGAAAUUAUACGUCGUGUGGCUACUGGAAAAUUGUUUUACACCCCGAAAGGAAAUUAUGUUCCUGUAUAAGCUUUUUCUUUGUACGCGUCAGAAGUAUGUCCAGGAAACUCCCGUUGACUGUGUACAGCUAAUUCAAUACACCUUGUAGAUAAGUAGUCAAUUAAAUGAGGAAAAAGUCCAACAUGUUUCAGAAUUGUUUUUGUAUUGAGUUACUUUUCUCAUUCUUAUGUUGUGAUUCAAGGUUGUUAAAAUACAGAUAAAACAGAAUUAGAAGAAGCUUGCAUAGGUUGAUUAUUUUUAUUAACUUUUCGGGCCUAAAACCAUGUACAGUAUUUGUGUAAAAACUCUCUCAAAUAUAAAUUAGGUAUUAUUA